AUGGCAUUUGGUGAUAAAAAGAAAGAACCUACAGAAAUAUAUUUACAAAAUGAAAAAAUAAAUAUAACUACUCUUCCAAAAAUUACAACAAAAGAACUACUGAAAUAUAAUGGAGUUGACAUACCAAAAUAUUACGUAGGUAUCAAAAAAAUCAUAUAUGAUGUUACAUCAAAUUCAAAUAGCUAUAAACCAGGUAAAGGAUAUAAUGUUUUUGUUGGUAAAGAUGCAAGUAGAUUACUUGGAACAAGCUCAUUAAAAUUAAAACCAAAUGAUCAAGGUCAAACAUUUGAAAGUUGGGAUUAUAGUGAUUUUAACGAUAAAGAAAUGAAAGUUUUAAAUGAUUGGGUUGAAUUUUUUAAAAUGAGAUAUCCAAUUGUUGGAAUUGUUGAUGAUGGUGAAAUAAAAGAAGAAGUAGAAGAGAGUAUAUGA